CGACUGCGUUUAAUUAACAAUUAAUAAAACUUUUAAUUUGCGUGCAAUUGGCACUGCACAUUGAACUCCGCCGAUGACAGCGCUGAAUAUUAUGUUAAUGGCAAGUGGGGUCGAUGGUAGAUGGCAGAUUGGCAGAUGGUAUAUGGGGAAUUGCAUAAUGCCCACAGAUCCCAGCCAUUUGCCCUGGUAAUUCUUCAUUAAUCAGCAGCGCAAUCAUUUACGUAAAACGAAAGCGCGUGGAAAGCGCAGAGCCAGAGCCACGAAACCUAAUUGCAAGUUAUGAAUAUCUCAUCGGAUAUUAAAUCGAUGGCGGGCGUUUAACUCCGACAAGCCACGACCAUGAUGAUGAUGGCGAAAGCAAUGGCGAUGACGAUGGAAAUAAUAAUGAGGAUGACGAUGAAUGGAUAUGGGCUGAAUGGUCUGGUAUCGUUGGCCGUCCGUUUGUCCCGCCGGAAGUGGCGACACUUAAUUGCGUAUUGAGUGCAUUUUCAAUUUUUAUUGAACUGCGCCCAGUUGAGAGCAUUGUGCUGCGGUUAUGGGCCCACUCAUUAAAUCGGUGGCUUCACCAGGCUCGUUGCCAUUUGCCACUGGGAAGUAUGCUACGAAAUGGGGUAGUGGGCGUGGCAGUGACUCCCCCGCACUCAUUAGCGGUAUCUAGUACACGAUAACCGCGCAAUAAUCGAUGCUACCAACUUGUCUUCUUUAUCAGGUGGCGCACAUGCAAAAAUAUUCGGUGAUGAACGAUGAAGUCAGUCUUUGGAAGUCAUCCCGGCAUUUCGGUUGAAUACGAAAUGAGAGCUGUAAGCUGGUUGGGAAUUAUUAUGGUGACCUUGCUGGGUCACCGAACCGCUGCCCUGGAAUUCGACGAGUGUGCCAGUGCCCCACAAAUGGGAAUCUACGUGGCCAGCUGGAGUAAUUGCUCCAAAUACAUUUAUUGUGCCGGUCCAGGAUCUUUUGAGGCCGAGUGUUUGGAAGGUCAUUACUACGAUGAGAAGUCGGAGCGCUGUGUGGAUAGGGAACUGGUGAAGAGGUGUCGUCAGGAUCCGGUGUUAAGCACCACCUUUAAGCCUCCUUUGGUGGUCAAAAAACCACCCAUAGCGGCGCAAAAAGCAGAUCCACUGACCAUCACCCUGCGACUCUUGCCAAACGCCGGACCCUGCUAUCCCUAUAUGGUGUGCUACGAGGGAGCGGGCCUGGCCAAAGCCUGUACUCCCGCUCAUCUGGUGUCCUGCAACAGGAUGCCAUCGCCAGAGAACAUCACCAACUGCCAGGCCGGAGUUUAUGGAUUCAUGGCACAUCCAAGAAAUUGCAGCUACUUCUACUACUGCUCCAAUGGCUCCAAGCUGAUCCAUCGAUGUCCGACGAACUACACUUGGCAUUACGAACGGAGAUCCUGUGUCCAGAAGUCCGAGAAGAAGUGCUAUGCGGAGAGGUUUCGCCUAAUUAACUAG